GAAAUCCCAAUUUCCUGUUUUCAUAUGGAGCAUAUUGAUCACAGAGGAGUUUCGUUAUCGGGUGAUUGUUAUGAAUUCUUCUUUACAAAGGGACAAAAACAAGUGUCUUCUAACUAAAUCACGCCGACGAAUUAUAGAAGAUAAGACACUUGGAAUGAAUAAUGUACCGUUUCAAAUUCCUAACCUGAAACGUAUUCGAUAAAUUGUAAUUUCUGUGAUUAAUAAUUGUUCGCUAGUGUGUUUCUUUUUACUAAGAUUGAAUUAACCUUUGUUGUACCACUUCUUGAAGUGAGAGUCCGAUUUAUUAAAGAGUUGCGAGAAGUGUCUAAAUAUGAUAAAAGGCCUUUCCAGAAAACUAACAUGUAUGAGUAUCAUGCCGACGAGUCAGAUUACAAGUAGAUUUCGUUGCUUACAUUUGGGAACGGUGCCACUGAAAAAUAUGGAAAAAGUGUCAACAGAUGACAUCGAUGUCAUAGUCAAGGAUGUUGGCGAUAAAGGUUUAAUAACUUUAAAUAGACCAAAAGCUCUAAACGCACUGAAUCUAUCAAUGGUUCGAAAGAUCUAUCCAGCACUGAAACAAUGGGAGUCUUCCAAAAAACUUGUUAUUGUCAAAGGUGCUGGAGAAAAAGCUUUUUGCGCUGGAGGCGAUGUCAAGUCUUUAGUAAUCGCUUUAAAUGAAAAAGAUGGUCAUAAAUUGGGCCAGGAAUUCUUCAGAGCUGAAUACACAAUGAAUCAUCUCAUUGGCACAUAUAAAAUACCGUACAUUGCUCUCAUAAAUGGCAUAACAAUGGGAGGCGGUGUUGGAUUGUCUUUACAUGGCAAAUAUAGAAUUGCAACAGAAAAUACUGUAUUUGCUAUGCCCGAAACUGGAAUUGGAUUAUUCCCGGAUGUGGGUGGCACGCACUUUUUACCGAGAUUGAGGGGUAAACUGGGUCUCUAUUUGGGACUUACGGGCCAUCGAUUAAAAGGCAUUGACGUUAAACUUGCCGGAAUUGCAACGCACUACGUUCCUUUUAAUCAACUCGAGGAAUUAACUCAAAGCCUAUUAGGGUCCAACAAUUUAGAUAUUGAUGGAAUUUUAAAUAAGUACCAGUCACAAGACUUAAAUCAUGAAUUUAGCUUAGAACCUCACAUGGAAAAAAUCAAUCGCUGUUUCUCAGCCACAACGGUUGAAGAAAUAAUAGAAAAGUUGAAAGCAGAGAAAUCUGAAUGGACGGAUUCCGUUGUCAAAGUUCUGAAAAAAAUGUCACCAACCUCACUCAAAGUGACGAGAAGAGCUCUUGAAAAAGGAGCCAAUCAAAGCUUAUCUGAAUGUUUAAAAAUGGAAUACAGAUUAGCGUGCGCCUGUCUAAAAAGGGAAAGUGACUUUUACGAAGGUAUUCGAGCCCUUCUGAUCGACAAAGACCAGAAGCCAGUGUGGAAUCCAAAAACUUUAAGUGAAGUCACAGACGAGUACGUCAAUAAGCGAUUCGCUCCACUGGCGGCAGAUCUGGAGUUAGUGCUUUCAAAGUUGUAAUUAAUUCUAGGGUAAGCUCGAGAUCACUAUAUUUUCCUAUCUCUCGAUGAAUAUGCAAAUUUGAUAAAAUUCUGAACAUUGUUUUAUUAAAAACCAAUUUAUAACAAACAUUCUUGACUCAUUCGCCAAUCUCUGACUCACCUUACGAAAAACAUAUAACAAAAUAAAUAAAACUGA